GCAUGGGAAAUUUAGAAAGCGAUAUGGAUGAACACCUCUACUACAGUCUAAGCAGUCCAACCCUGGAUCAAACAUCUCUUGUCCUGCUCUUCUUCUAACCUCUGAAUUCAAAGAUAAUAUGAACAGAAAACCCUUGAAGGUUGCUGGUCCAACUGUAUUCCGCAUUGAUACAAAGUGCGUAGUAGAUUCACCGUGGAAAAAGGGGUUGCAAAUCGAAGAUUUUAUGUACACCUUGAGUUAUUCAUUGCGGCUAUUGCGUUCAGCUGCUUCUUGAUUUGAUGGCAUUUCGAGAACAAGCACUACGUCUUCUACUGGAUUUGAGCAGCAUAGUGAUUACCCUGUUGCCUCAUCAGAACUCAUUUAUACUGCACGCUUUCAUGGAUCUGUUUUGCUCAUUUUUCCGCGUGAAUCUAUUUUUUGAAAAGAUACCUGGGAAAAUGUUGCUGCAGAUGUACAACCUUCUACAUGGAAUCUUGAGGAACGACCGUGAUUGUGAUUUUUACCACAGGCUGGUCCAAUUCAUAGACUCGUAUGAUCCACCAGUCAAGGGGCUUCAGGUGGACUUUAAUUUUGUCAGUCCACGUAUCGGAGAGGUUGUAUAACCUUCUUAAUCUGAUUUCAUGCAAAGGAAAGCUUUUGCUUAUUCAAGAGUGAAAUUUGAAGCCCGUUUACGUAGGCUUGUAUAGUAGAGGCAUUAAAUCUAUUUUGCGUAGUUGUUACACUUGUCUUGUAUAUUCGUCUUGCCAAAAAUGCCUACCAUGGUAUAGCCUUUGCAUUAUCUAAUUUUACUCAUACUCAUGUAUAUAUUCCAUGCAUGAUACAUGUCCUAGUAUUUGACUUGGCUACUUCAUAAAAAAUUCCAUGAUUUUAGCUCAAAAGUGUCCAAUUGUCAUAUCGAAGCUACAAAAUGAUUAGCUAUUUGAAAAGAUUCCACUAAAUAAUUUUUUUUAAAACCUAGGCCUCAGGUCUAAUCGGAGUUAAAUAUCUUGUCUGCACAACUUGUUUCGAAAAGCUCAAUUGCUCAAAACCAUUGACUAAUAUCUUACCGAGUGCUGUGUUUAAUACUUGUUAAAAUGGUGGGAGAAAUUAUCUUUUUCAAGUGGCUACAUUUCUUUGAAAUAGACUGUUUGCGUUUCUAUGAUUUCAAAAGUCUGCUUGUGGUUCUAUGUUUUCAAUAGUCUGCUUGCUGCUUUUCUUAGUAUGCAACUCUACGUAUCUAUUUAUGGGAGCAACUCUUGGGUUUUAUUGCUGUUGAAGUGACCAUAGACUUUUUUCUACUGUAAUGUUUUAUUGUCCUAUCUCUUUUAGACAUUUUCUUUUUCAUACGUCUUUUCUUCAUCGUUUGCAACGUAAAUGUGGUGCAUAAUUGUUGCUUUAUUUUUUCAACUAGUAUUAUUUAGCCUUGAUAAAAUUUUAUUAUUUUCCUUCCUAAUGAGCUCAUGACCAAAAUCUUUUGGUGCCUCUUUCCAAACUCCAUUCUCCAUUUGCUGUUCUAAUCUCCAAGUUCCAGUCUUUUUGAAUAAAUAAAGCAGAAAUUUUGCAUUCAGAAACUUUUUGGUGACAGAUAGAGCAGGAAAUGCCAUGCGACACACCUCUUUUUCGACUGCACAUGAUCAAAAAAAUGUGAAUAUUGUUUCCAAUCGACGGGAUAUCUUAAUUUUCAAUCUCUACUAUUAGCUCCUUAUUAAUAAGCCAAAUU